CAAUAGAAGAAGUGGAAGAACCAAUGGUAUUAUAGUAAGCAAAGAGUAGUGUAACACCCACUCCCUUACUAUAUAAAAACCAAUUUCCCCUUUAUCUGUAAGGUCUCUCUAUUUUCUCGUUUCUCAGAUUCUAUUAAUAAUCAGGAGGAUCUCUCUCAGGGAUUUUAUCUUUUGUUUUUGGUGAUGGCAUCGAAGCGGAUCUUGAAGGAGCUCAAGGAUCUCCAGAAGGAUCCUCCUACCUCUUGCAGCGCAGGCCCUGUUGCGGAAGACAUGUUCCAUUGGCAAGCAACAAUUAUGGGUCCUCCUGAUAGUCCAUAUGCAGGUGGAGUGUUUCUAGUGACGAUUCAUUUUCCUCCAGACUAUCCAUUUAAACCACCGAAGGUUGCAUUCAGGACAAAGGUCUUUCACCCCAAUAUCAACAGCAAUGGUAGCAUUUGCCUUGAUAUUUUGAAGGAGCAGUGGAGCCCUGCCCUUACCAUUUCCAAGGUGUUGCUUUCAAUUUGUUCUCUAUUGACGGACCCAAAUCCUGACGAUCCGUUGGUGCCAGAAAUUGCCCACAUGUAUAAGACUGAUAGGAGCAAAUACGAGGCAACAGCAAGGAGCUGGACCCAGAAGUAUGCUAUGGGUUAACUAUGCUGCUUUGUAUGUGUGAUAGGGAGGGCUUCUUUCCCUGUGGCUUUGGUCUUUAAGUUAAAAUAUAUAUAUAUAUGUAUGAAUGAUGAAAGUGUUUAUCUCUGCCUCUUAUGAGCAGACCAAAAGGGAGAGGUCUAAUUUGCUGCUUUUAAUUGUUUGUAUGGAAGUUAUCUGUAGAACUUGGGUAAACUGUUUUAAACUAUCUUAGUUUCUCCACCUCA